CUGCUGGUGACAUGUGGCUGCCACGCGUCUCCAGCACUGCGGUGACUGCACUCCUGCUGGCGCAGACGGGCCUCUUGCUCUUCCUGGUCUCCCGGCCGGGUUGGCCUGGGCCACCAUCCCCAGCAGAUGGCAAGGAGCGUGUGCACGUGCUGGUAUUGUCCUCAUGGCGCUCGGGCUCAUCCUUAGUGGGCCAGCUCUUCAGCCAGCACCCGGACGUCUUCUACCUGAUGGAACCCGCGUGGCACGUGUGGACCGCCCUGUCGCAGGGCAGUGCACCGGCGCUGCACAUGGCUGUGCGUGACCUGGUGCGCUCCGUCUUCCUGUGCGACAUGGCCGUGUUCGAUGCCUACCUGCCUUGGCGCCGGAAUCUGUCAGACCUCUUCCAGUGGGCAGUGAGCCGAGCGCUGUGCUCGCCGCCGGCCUGCAGCGCCUUCCCUCGUGGCGCCAUCAGCAGCGAGUUCGUGUGCAAGCCCCUGUGUGCGCGGCGGCCCUUCGCCCUGGUGGAGGAGGCCUGCCGCUCCUACAGCCACGUGGUCCUCAAGGAGGUGCGCUUCUUCAACCUGCAGGUGCUCUACCCGCUGCUCACUGACCCCGCGCUCAACCUGCGCAUCGUGCACCUGGUGCGGGACCCGCGGGCAGUGCUGCGCUCCCGAGAGCAGACGGCCAAGGCGCUGGCGCGCGACAAUGGCAUCGUGCUGGGCACCAACGGCACGUGGGUGGAGGCCGACCCGGGCCUGCGCGUAGUGCGCGAGGUGUGCCGUAGCCACGUGCGCAUCGCCGAGGCGGCCAUGGACAAGCCGCUGCCCUUCCUGCGAGGCCGCUACCGCUUGGUGCGUUUCGAGGACCUGGCGCGGGCGCCGCUGCCGGAGAUCCGUGCGCUCUACGCCUUUGCUGGGCUGCGCCUCACGCCGCCGCUCGAGGCCUGGAUCCACAACAUCACGCACGGGGCCGGGCCUAGCGUGCGCCGCGAGGCCUUCAAGACCACCUCGAGGGAUGCGCUCAAUGUCUCCCAGGCCUGGCGCCACGCUCUGCCCUUCGCCAAGAUCCGGCGCGUGCAGGAGCUGUGUGCCGGGGCGCUGCAGCUGCUGGGCUACCGGCCAGUGUUCUCCGAGGAUGAGCAGCGCGACCUCUCCCUCGACCUGGUACUGCCUCGUGGCCCGAGCAGCUUCAGCUGGGCAUCAUCCACCGCCACGCACCCAGGGCCUUAG